UCUUUGAACGGUACCGGUUUGAUCUUGUACGCCGGGGGACGCUCCGGUGCCUUGCAGACGGGGUGAAGAUCAUGUCACCCUCGUCUGGCCUUUGUGAAGAGUGGCUGGAGUUUAGGGCUGUAGAGACAAAACCAUCGGGGCAUCCCGACCAGUUACCGUAUAUCUUGGUAUGGGAGGACCUCGUGGUUAAUCCCCCGCCGUGGGCUCAACCUUUUCUCAUCGCACCCUGUCCUCCUCCUCCUUCUCCAGAAUUGCCGGCGCCUUCAGCUCCGCCCCAACCCCAACCCUCUGCUCUUGUUUCCCUCUGUCCGCUGGAAGCUACUCGUCCUCGACCUAAGCCUGUCCUGCCUGAUGAUAGUCAGAUGGACCUAUUAAUGACCUCUGAACUUCCUCCACCUUAUCCCCAGGAGCAUCAACCUGAAAGAGAACCCCCAAGAGGAAGACCGGGGGAGAUGGGCUCUCCAGACACCACUGUAAAUGAACAGCCUGAAGCCAGAUCCCCAAUCCAUACCAGGUUGCGGCUACGCAGGGCUCAAUUGGAGGAGGGAGAAAGAGGAGAAGGGCAAUGGUCUUCACAAUUGUACCCCUUGAGAAUUGUAGGGGGGCAGGUCCAGUAUUGGCCUUUCUCUGCCUCUGAUUUGUAUAAUUGGAAAACUCAUAACCCUCCUUUCUCCCAAGACCCCCAAGCAUUAACAGGUCUCAUCGAGUCCAUCUUAUUGACGCACCAGCCGACUUGGGAUGAUUGUCAGCAGCUGUUACGGACUCUACUGACCACAGAAGAAGUCCAACGGGUGCUGAUGGAGGCCAGAAAGAAUGUCCUUCGGGCUGAUGGGCAGCCCACCCAACUUCCAAACGAAAUUGAUGAAGUGUUCCCCCUUGUCCGACCUAAUUGGGACUUCAACACUCCAAAUGGUAGGGAGCGUCUCCGUCUUUAUCGCCAGACUCUGUUGGCAGGUCUCAAGGGUGCCGGAAGGCGACCCACUAAUUUGGCUAAGGUAAGAGCAGUUCUACAGGGAGCUGGGGAGACUCCCGCGGGAUUCUUAGAAAGACUAAUGGAAGCAUACCGCAUGUAUACACCGUUUGAUCCGGCAAGUAAAGAUAGGCAGGGGGAAGUGAUUAUGGCUUUCAUAGGACAGUCGGCACCAGACAUUCGAAAUAAGUUACAAAGACUAGAAGGAUUGCAGAAUUAUAGCUUGCAGGACUUAGUAAAAGAGGCAGAUAAAAUUUUCAAAGAGAGAGAAGAGAGACUAAGAAAGAUGCAGGAAGAAAGAGAGGAUAAGAGAGAUAAACGACGGAAUAAAGAACUGAGCCGUAUCUUGGCCACUGUAGUUCAUAACAAGCAAAUAACAUCCCAGGGAACUGAGAUAGGGAGACAGUUUAAGGAACAGGGAGGUGAGCGGCGAAACCGUUUAGGGAAAGAUCAAUGUGCUUACUAUAAAGAAAACGGCCAUUGGGCAAAGGAUUGUCCCAACAAUCCUAGAAACAAGAAAAGGCAGACCUCAGUUUUGACUUUAGAAGACUAGGCCAGUCGGGGCCAGGAGCCUCCCCCUGAGCCCAGGCUAACUCUGUCUGUGGGAGGCAAGCCCACCACGUUUCUAGUAGACACCGGGGCUCAACAUUCAGUUUUGACAACUACUGAUGGACCUAUGAGCCAGAAGACCUCGUGAGUACAGGGAGCCACAGGAGGACGCGCGUACCGGUGGACGACUGAUCGGCAGGUCGACUUAGCUACAGGUACUGUCACUCACUCCUUUUUACAUGUGCCUGAUUGUCCCUACCCCCUAUUGGGACGAGAUCUUCUGACAAAACUGGGAAUUCUCAUUCCUUGCCGGUCACCGUGGAACACUCCUCUCCUACCAGUGCAGAAGCCGGGGACAAAUGACUAUAGGCCCGUCCAAGACCUAAGAGAAAUAAAUAGUCAUGUAGAAGACAUACAUCCCACUGUGCCAAAUCCUUAUAACCUUCUCAGCUCCUUGCCUCCCUCCCAUGUGUGGUAUAGUGUCCUGGAUUUAAAGGAUGCUUUCUUUUGUUUAAGACUGAGCCCGGCGAGCCAAUUUAUUCCUUUAUUUGCUUUUAAAUGGAGAGAUCCGGAACAUGGAGUAAGUGGACAACUGACUUGGACUCGAUUGCCACAAGGCUUCAAAAAUUCCCCCACCAUCUUUGAUGAGGCCCUACAUCAGGACUUGGUGGCAUUCAGAUUAAAUAACCCCAAUCUGACUCUCCUCCAAUAUGUAAAUGAUCUCUUGCUGCCAGCACCUACCAGAGAGGCCUGCCUAGAAGGGACAAGGGCCCUGUUACAUGAAUUGGGAGCCCUAGGAUAUCGGGCAUCUGCCAAGAAAGCCCAGAUAUGCAGAGAGGAGGUAACCUACCUAGGAUAUGUCAUAAAGGGAGAAAAAAGAUGGUUAACUGAAGCCAGGAAAGCUGCGGUGGCGUCUAUACCAGUCCCAAAGAACUCCCGACAGGUACGUGAGUUUCUGGGAACGGCAGGAUUCUGCCGGCUGUGGAUACCUGGGUUUGCGGAGCUGGCCGCUCCCUUGUACAUGUUAACGAAGGAAAAAAAAACUCCUUCACUGGGGAAAGAACAACAACGGGCUUUUGAUUGCAUUAAAGAGGCCCUCCUAACGGCACCGGCCCUGGGACUGCCUGAUGUCACAAAACCAUUCACACUGUAUGUGGAUGAGGCCAAAGGAAUUGCAAAAGGAGUAUUGACUCAGUCCCUAGGCCCUUGGAGACGACCGGUUGCCUACCUUUCAAAGAAACUAGAUCCAGUGGCCUCAGGGUGGUCCCCUUGCCUGCACAUGGUAGCAGCUAUUGCGACCCUGCUCAGGGACGCAAACAAACUAACCCUGGGACAGAAAGUCACAAUAAUAGCUCCACAUGCUGUGGAGUCGGUUGUCCGCCAACCGCCAGACAGGUGGCUUUCAAACGCCUGCAUGACUCACUACCAGGCUUUGCUCUUAGCUCCUGAACGCAUUACUUUUGGACCAGUUGCUACGCUCAAUCCCGCUUCCCUAUUGCCGGAGCCGGGAACGGCCAAGGAUGUCCCCCAUGACUGCUCCCAGAUUCUGGCCGAAGUUCAUGGGACUCGUGAAGAUCUAACUGACCAGCCUCUACCAGAUGCGGAGGUAACCUGGUUCACAGAUGGCAGCAGCUAUGUCACCGAAGGAACUCGGCGGGCAGGAGCAGCAGUGGUGAGUAACAAUGACUCCAUAGUCUGGGCCAGUGCCCUAGAGCCAGGGACGUCGGCCCAGCGAGCUGAACUAAUAGCCCUCACAAAGGCUCUAGAACUGGCGGCGGGAAAAGUAGCAAACAUCUAUACUGACAGUAGGUAUGCUUUUGCUACGGCCCAUGUGCACGGUGAAAUUUAUCGCAGAAGGGGCCUCUUAACUUCAGGAGGACGAGAAAUAAAGAACAAGCAAGAAAUAAUAAACCUCUUGAGGGCACUAUUCCUUCCAAAAAGACUGAGCAUUAUUCAUUGUCCGGGCCACCAAAAAUGAACAGAUCCAGUAGCUAGAGGAAAUAGACUGGCAGACCAGACUGCAAAAACUGUUGCCACUGAGCCAAUCUCAGCCCUACCCCUGGAAAUAAACUCAAAAAUGGGACCCGAAGAGACCAGGCAAAACACAGAUGACAGAGCUCUCAUUAAAGAACUCGAAGGGGAGUGGGAUGCUAAGUGCAAAGCAUGGAGAAAAGGAGACAAGGUCAUCCUGCCCUAUCGCAUAGCUACUGAAAUCAUUGAACACCUCCACCGCCUCACUCAUUUGAGCCGGAGAAAAAUGCACGCUCUACUUGCAAAUGAGAAAUGCCCAUUUAUAACUCCUGACCUGCAGUUUCUUACUCAAAUUACAGUGGACCAAUGCAAGCCUUGUGCCCAGGUAAACGCAGGGCGACUAAAACUUCCCCAAGGAGCCCGUGCCCGAGGACACCGACCGGGAAUACAAUGGGAAAUAGACUUUACUAAAGUAAAACUGGGACUAUAUGAUUAUAAAUAUCUCUUAGUUUUUAUAGACACCUUUUCAGGCUGGGUAGAAGCCUACCCCACGAAGAAUGAAACGGCCACGACAGUCGUUAAAAAACUCCUUGAAGAAAUUUUUCCCCGGUACGGAUUGCCGCAAGUAUUAGGGUCAGAUAACGGUCCCGCUUUCGCCUCCCAGGUAAGUCAGGGGGUGGCCAAGAGUUUGGGGAUUCAUUGGAAACUACAUUGUGCUUAUCGACCCCAGAGUUCAGGCCAGGUAGAAAGAAUGAAUAGAACUCUAAAAGAGACCUUGACUAAAUUAGCCCUAGAGACUGGCGGAAAAGACUGGAUACGGCUCCUCCCUAUGGCCCUUUUUCGAGUGCGCAACACUCCUGCAUACCAUGGGCUGACUCCCUUUGAAAUAUUAUAUGGGAGCCCACCACCGGCAUCCUCUUUCUGUGAUUUUGAUCCUACCAUGUUCCCCCAUCCACCCUCGUUACAGGCGUAUCUCCAGGCUCUCAGAGCAGUGAGAGAGUACAUCUGGAAACCGCUUGCAGAGGCCUACAAGGACAAAGACAUUCCACCGUGCCCUCACCCGUUGAAGGAAGGAGACCAGGUGUAUAUCCGGAGACACCAGGCAAAAACCUUAGAACCACGGUGGAAAGGACCCUUUACUGUCCUACUGACUACUCCAACCGCCCUGAAAGUCGACGGAAUUGCCGCCUGGGUACAUGCCUCCCACGUGAAACACGCCAAGGAUCAGCCAGCAACAGGGACUACAGGGACUGACCAGGAACCAGAAUGGAAACUUCAACGAACCCCAAAUCCUCUAAAGAUAAGACUGACUCGUGCUUAAAAAUGUACUUUUUGACUUUGCUAUCUCUUCCAUGUUCAUUGUCAGAUUAUAACCCACAUACCCCCCAUAAAAUUACCUGGA